AUGGCCCGUUCUUGGCGGAUCGAUUCGAACGUUCGGGAAGAAAAUGCUGGUUUCCCUUCGAAGGUGAAGAACAUGCGAGAUAGGAUUAUGCAGUGGCAGGAGAGCCCGGAAUAUCCAGAAUUUGUCCUCAUUUUCAUUCUCCCCCCUCUCCAACAGACUAUUAGGGAAGUGCCACCACGAAGCCGCAAGCCUACCGCAAUUCCACUCGUGCUAGAACGUCCAUCCGUCCCGUUUGCGGACACCUUGGAGGCCACUGACAACAGGAUAUUUGGUUGGCUAUUGGAUCGACGAGUAGCGCCAACGUCUCCUGGAUCUGAUUUAGAGAUCUCUCGUGAAUACAUGGCAAUGACGAGCUUCAUUUGA